AUGGGAAAAACGCAAAUAUGGGGAAAACGCAAAUAUGGGGAAAACGCAAAUAUGGGAAAAACGCAAAUAUGGGAAAAACGCAAAUAUGGGGAAAACGCAAAUAUGGGGAAAACGCAAAUAUGGGGAAAACGCAAAUAUGGGGAAAACGCAAAUAUGGGGAAAACGCAAAUAUGGGGAAAACGCAAAUAUGGGGAAAACGCAAAUAUGGGGAAAACGCAAAUAUGGGGAAAACGCAAAUAUGGGGAAAACGCAAAUAUGGGGAAAACGCAAAUAUGGGGAAAACGCAAAUAUGGGGAAAACGCAAAUAUGGGGAAAACGCUAAUAUGGGAAAAACGCAAACAUGGGAAAAACGCAAACAUGGGAAAAACGCAAACAUGGGAAAAACGCAAGCAUGGGAAAAACGCAAACAUGGGAAAAACGCAAACAUGGGAAAAACGCAAACAUGGGAAAAACGCAAACAUGGGAAAAACGCAAACAUGGGAAAAACGCAAACAUGGGAAAAACGCAAACAUGGGAAAAACGCAAACAUGGGAAAAAUGCAAAUGUAGUGAAAGAGAAAUUUGUGGCACAACUUGA